AAGUGACGCCACAUUGCGACGCCGGCGCCCGCUCCGGCGGCCGCGGUGAGGUUUAGGUUGUGGCUUCAGAGACGGCGGGCUUUCCGAUGGUUCCAGCUCAAGCAUCAUGACGGGGAAGAAGUCUUCCCGGGAGAAGCGGCGCAAAAGGAGCGGCCAGGAGGCGGCGGCGGCGCUCGCGGCGCCGGACCUGGUGGCCUCGCUGGGCGACGGCGGCGGGACCGCCGGCUUCCCCGGGAGCGGCGCCGGCGGGGGCAGCGGCCCGGAGCGCGGCGAGCGCCGGAAGCGGCGGAGCGCGGACUCGGCCUCCGGGGUGCCGGGCUCGGCGCCGCAGGAAGCCAAAUAUCUUUUACCAACUUUGGAAAAAGAAUUACUCCUGGCAGAGCACAGUGACCUUGAAGAAGGGGGUCUGGACCUGACUGUGCCGUUAAAACCAGUUAGUUCCUACGUGUCAGACAAGAAGGAAAUGCUUCGGCAGUGCUUCUGUGUCGUCGGCGAGAAGAAGUUACAGAAAAUGCUGCCUGACGUGUUAAAGAACUGUUCAGUAGAAGAAAUUAAAAAAUUAUGCCAAGAACAGUUAGAACUCCUAUCUGAAAAAAAAAUAUUGAAGAUUCUUGAGGGUGACAAUGGUAUGGACUCUGAUAUGGAAGAGGAGGCAGAUGAUGGCUCGAAGAAGGGAUCUGAUUUAGUCAGUCAACAAGACAUCUGUAUAGAUUCUUCUUCAUCCCUGAAAGAGAACAAGCAACCUGAAGGUCUGGAAUUAAAACAAGGCAAAGGGGAAGAUAGCGAUGUUCUCAGUAUAAAUGCAGAUGCUUAUGACAGCGACAUAGAAGGCCCAUGCAACGAAGAGACAGCUGCUCCUGAGGUCCCAGAAAACACAGUCCAGAGUGAGGCUGGUCAGAUGGAUGAUCUGGAGAAGGACAUUGAGAAAAGUGUGAAUGAGAUUCUGGGACUGGCAGAGUCGAGCCCAAAGGAGCCCAAAGCAGCUACCCUCACUGUUCCUCCACCAGAAGAUGUUCAGCCUUCUGCACAGCAGCUGGAGCUGCUAGAACUUGAGAUGAGGGCAAGAGCCAUUAAAGCCCUGAUGAAAGCUGGUGAUAUAAAAAAGCCAGCCUAGUUAUUUAAUUUGAACCUGAAUUUUAGUUGUGUUUGAACAAAGCCACAUGAUAUGACUUUGUAUCUGAAAUUUAUUUGGGUCUUACAUGAUAUAUCUCAUGUAACCCUUGUUAGAUAAACUCAAUCUAGACCUAAAAUACCUAUGGCUAUUUUUGUUGAUGUUACUUUCAUAUUAUAUAUGUGUUAUUGUUUUAUGAGUUCAUGACAAAUAUUGUUAGAUAAUUGGAUACUUUGUUAGAUAAGUAUUUUAGCUUGUCUGCAGAUUAAUAUCUGAAAAGCCAUUAGCAGAGUCAUGGUAAUUUUUUUCUUAAUUUUUAAAUAUUUAGGUACCAAGCCUAAAAGCUUAAGAAAAAUUGACUAAGCAUGUUGCUUUUAAGACCACCUAUAUUUUGCAAUGAAAUAUUAAAUUAGUGCUCCUAGAUUUGUUAACAGUUUAAGAAUUUUAGUUAUGCUCAUAUGCACCUUGAAAAUAUGUAUUAUCUUGAAGAUAUACACCUUCUAUGGUUCUGGAUUUACUAGUAAAAACCGAGCAACAUCUUUUACUGUAAGGCUUAGAGAUCUGAAGUGUCUGAGAAAAACAUAUUUAAUAAAGAAAAAAAGGACUUAAUGUAAGUCAGUUUUUAAUAAAGUAGAGUAGUUGCCCAGCUUUAGUUCCAAUAGACAAGUCAUUCUGACAGGUAUUUGAUUUUUAUUGGACACUUUGUUGAAGUGUUUUUCUUCACUAAAAAGGGAACACGUUUUCAUUUUCAUUCCAAGCUAUCGGGAAGAGGAGAAUAUUUUAUCAUAGAGUUGUUCGUCUGUUGUUUUUGCUUGAAGAUCUGAUGUGCUAUAAUUCCAUGAAUUAAAAAUAAUAAAGACUGUCACUCUGAAUUUGAAGACUUUUGAUACUUUUCCAAAAGCAAAAUUAAUUUCAGGAAGCUUUGAUAAGUCGAUGUUAUAAUUAAUCUAAUUUUGUAUAGUUUUUGUAAAUAACUAAUAGUUAUGGAUGCAUUUUACCCCAUCACUAAUUGUAGUUGUUUGAUACCAAAAUACAUUUAGGUAGAGACGCUUAACUUAAAAUAAAUUGUUGGGUUUUUUUUCCCAAAAUAUAAAUCUCGAACUGUUGUUUUUAUAAUUGCUCACAAUUAUAAUGUAUUUUAUGUAUAAGCCAUGCUUUCCAAAUAUUCUACGAGGAUUUUCCUCAGACACUAAACUUUCAGGGAUUGUGUUUUAUAGCUGGCUUAAUUAUAUAUACACUAGAGGCCUGGUGCAUGAAAUUUUGCAUGGGUGCAGCCCCUAGGCCUGGCCGGCCAUAGAAGUGCGAGCAUCUGGCGUGGGAGGGCAGGUUCCAGCUGACCUCUGGCUUCUGGGCAGCACCUGGGCCCCCCCUCGCACCUGCCUUGGCCUUGCGCCGCCCACUCACCUGCUCCACCAUCCUGCCGUGGUCCUGCUCUCGUCGGGGCCUAUCGGGGCCAGCAGCGCCUCCACUACCGCCUGCUGCCAGCACCGCAUCGCCAACGCCCACCAUGUUCCGCGCUGCCCCAGCAGUCUUACUCCUGGUCUCCUGGUCGAAUGACCGCCUGAGGGAACAAUUUACAUAUUAGGCUAUUAUUAUACAGGAUUUUAGAAGGUGACUUAUAGAAAUAGGGAGUAUUUAUGGAACAUUGGAGUUGCAGUUAUAAAUUCUUUUUGUUGUUCCUAAACAACAAAUAACUUUGUCAUGUUUUUUUUCCUCCCUGAAUCUUUAUGAUGAAGCGGAGGCCUGCAUCAUUUGAAAAGCUGCUCUUAGGUGGUAAAUGUGAAUAUGGUUUAAGUAGUGGUUUAAAUAUGGUUUCUUGUAGUUAACUGCUUUAAGAAAAAAAAAAGCAUUGAUUAUAGUAACAUUUUCUGUCAACUUACACUAAAAGUUAAAAUGGUAAAAUACUGCAUAAUAAACUGUAAUAAUGCUGCUACUAAUUAUAAAAUGCAGUUGAUGAUGUGUGUGAUUAAACAUAUGGGAGUAGGAAAA